AUGGAAGAAGACGUCGAAAGACAUCAAUUAAUAAGGGAUUCAUUAGAACAGGAACUCCAAGCACUGAGACAGAGAUUGUUGGCAGUUGAAAAUUUCACUGAAAAUAUGGAUUCUGUACACUCAAAUGCAGAACAAUUAGCUGAAAACCAACUGACAAGGACACCACAAAAUUUGUCCGUUUUACUUCAUGAGGCACACAAUCGGAUUAGAGUUCUUCUGGAGGAAAGAGCAGAACAAGCUAAAGAGAUCAAACAAUACAAAGAUUACGUCCGUGAACUUGUCUUGCAUGCUGAAGCACAGGCAUCACAGUAUCAAGAGAAGUACAAGACCUUGGAGGCAAUGGUUUGCGAUGUUAAAACAGAUUCAUCCAAGUUAACAUCUACAGAACCAAAGGUAGAUAAAACAGAGAGAAGCUCAAUGAAGACAAGGGGUUCUAGCUCACCAUUCAGAUGCAUUGCAAGUUUGGUUCAGCUGGCGAACUUGGAGAAGGAUCAGGAAUUGUUAACAGCCCGGCUUCACCUCGAAGAACUAGAGUCAUUGGCGGCUAGUCGGCAGAAAGAGGUAUGUAUGUUGAAUGCUAGACUGGUUGCGACAGAAAACAUGACACACGAUGUCAUUCGAGAUUUACUUGGUGUCAAACUGGACAUGACUAACUAUGCAAAUUUGAUAGAUCAUUAUCAGCUUCAAAAGGCUGUGGAAGGCGCUCAGCAACAAAUGCAAGAGUCCACAGCAAUGGAGCAAGAAAUUAUCAAUCUAAAGAGGCAGAUUGAUGAAUUAAUGGAAGAGAGAGAAAGGCAAGUAAAGUUCUUACAGCAGGGAUCUAAGACUACUUGUAGAAUUUUUCUGUAUACAGACUUCACUGGUUUAUCACUUAAACUCAAUGGUGGAGAGCUGUGGAAAUUCCGAUUAUACAUUUCGGAAGUAAAUAGAAGAGAAGUUGACAUAUUUGAUGCCCAUAUGACCGUUGAACACCUGGAAGAGCGGGAUCAGCUGCUGACCCAACAAAACAAAAUGUUGAAGGUAGACAAAUUCAAUUUGCAGAAAAAGGUGGCAGAACUAGAUGAGAUGGUGAAAAAACUAUUUGGGACACAAAGUAUCCAACCGCGAAAUCGACAGCAAAUGAGUAGCUUGUCGAGGUCAGGUGACACUGAUCUUGGCAAGAGGCUAGCAAAUUCAGAAAAGCUGCUUUUACGAGUUAAUGAUGAACUUGCUCAGUAUCAUAUAUCUGGUUCUGGUAGCAGUCGUCCGCACAUGCAAACUGGAUAG